AUCCUUGUCCGAGUCAAAAAGCCUCGUAGUUCCUCUUUAUGCAGAUCGACGUCUGAACUGACGCAAUUAUAUGAGUCAGAAAAUUUGAGCGCACGUCGACAAAAAUGAAACUUUCGCACGGCCAUUGACAGGACGUAGAUCUGCACGUAGCAACUUGUAUGCGAGAAGAGUUUUGAUAAAGGUGCGCAAAGAAAAAGUACAGGUGCGAUACGCAUAACGUACUGCAAUUGAAUUAUGUAUGCAACCGCAUAAAUGUAUACAAGCAAUCGAAGAAGCUACACAUUUUUUUCAUUUACGAUCAUCGGAUUCAAUUAAACCAAACAUCGAUCGAUAAAUAAAAAGAUAUCCUUUUAAUAAUCCUUUCCUCUUUUCUCUUUUUUUCUUUUUAAUAGUAACAUAAUCACUUUUUUCUCGCAUCGACAGCGGAGAUGGUCGGCUACAUAUUUCGGCGCGGCGCGUGCCAGAAAUAGACACAUCCGUAUCCGAGCGCGACGCAGGGGGUGCAACGACAUUUAAAACGUUCCUCGUCGGCACGAGAGAAAAACACCCUCAGUCCGUUCCAAAGUGCUCGCGGAUGUGGUUCCCUCGGAAGGAGACGUUCUUUCUCCUUCUCCUCUUCGAUCACAUUUAUCGAUCAAGCGACAGGUUGAAGCGCGUAAUGGAUCAUCGAGCCGGUUCAUCCUCCGCCUUGUAACGAUGCGAAUUAAUCGCCGUUUAACCAAUUAGGGCGAAUCAAGAGUCUGUGGUGUAGUCUCUGCGAGACGGUUUUAAUCAAUCGCGGCAUCCUAUCUACGUUUUGGCAACGAAUACCGUACUCUGAAGCAGCUUGACACGUGGAAAUAAAGAUCGUUGGGUCGACGAACGGAUCCGAUAUCAUGGUUAAAAACGGAACCGGCCCCGUGAUCCGGAUGUCCUCCACGGCCACGCAUGCCGCUGGAGGUGUCGAGUGUUGCUUCUGCAGAUGUUGCACGUGUAUACAUCUGGAAUUUUUGAAAACUCUGCCCGGUGUUCUGAAACUCUGCGAAACGAUCAUUAGCGGUUUAAUACAAAGUUUGUUGAUUAAUUACGGUCUGAGGUACAGUACAACUAUUGGGUCGGCUUUCGAAGGAUCUCUGACCACUUCUUCCGCUUGUUUCUUAACAUCAGCUGUACUACUUGCCUGUUAUAUCGUGUCCGAAAAAUCGUACAGGUUAAUCAAAUCAUCGUUGUUUGAGCUGAUGUUCAACUCAUUAGCUUCUUUUCUUUAUUUAAGCUCGGCUUCUUAUUUGGCAUUCUCCACCAAGAUAUUUCUUCUCCCAGAAUAUUAUAUAAAGCCAGGAUUCGAUGUUUAUCCUGCAAUGACAGCCGCUUACAUUAUGAGCGGCUUUGUUGGAAUACUGCAUGGGGCAGACGCGUAUUUCUGCUACACCCAUUACAGGACCGGAAGAUGAAUUCCAGGGGGAACGAAGCACAAUAUAAAAAUGUCACACGAAUCGAGGCUCAAAUAUACGUGUAUAAAGUGAGUAAGAUAAUAUCAAUCGUAUAUUAUAUUAGAAGUUUUUUUAAAAAUUGAUUUUGCGUUAUACAGUUUGUAAUCAAAAGUGAAACAAAUAGUUUUAAAAAUAUAUUUAUAUAUUAGAAUUGGCAAUUGGAAAUUAUUAUUGAUUAAUUGAUUAUUUAUAUUUAAUAUGCACAGCAUUCCAAAUUAUAUGUAAC